UAUCGAAACUAUCCACCAUCUCGUCAACCAAUACACCAAGCUCUCUAUUAGGUUGUAUAAACUGCCUGUGGCACCAUUACAUCUCGGAUACCUCCGACGAAGAUAUAACAGCUACUCUACCUCCUCAGCCAACCCCUACGAUGGCGUCCGUCGACCCCUUCGACUCGGCGCUCGACCUCCUCCGCCGCCUAAACCCAAAACAUACCUCCUCGCACCUGAACUCCCUAAUCACCAUCGCCCCAGACCUAACCGAAGACCUUCUCUCCUCCGUCGACCAACCUCUCUCCAUCCGCCGCUGUCCCCAAACCGGCCGCGACUACCUCCUCUGCGACUACAACCGCGACGGCGACAGCUACCGGUCCCCCUGGAGCAACGAGUUCGACCCCCCGCUCGAUGGCGGCGCCGCCUCCGCCGCUAGUCUGCCCAGCGAGAAGGUCCGCCGCAUGGAGAUUCGCGCGAACGAGGCGUUUGAUGUUUAUCGUGAUUUGUAUUAUGAGGGGGGUGUGAGUAGUGUGUAUUUUUGGAACUUGGAUGAUGGGUUCGCGGGGGUUGUGCUUUUGAAGAAGGAGGCCAAGCCAGGUAGCGCUAGCGAAGGUACAUGGGACUCGAUCCACGUAUUCGAAGCCAUCGACCGAGCUCGCUUUACGCAGUACAAUCUCACAUCUACCGUCAUCCUGUCACUUUCUACGAACUCGAACAGUCUCGGAGACAUGGACCUCUCUGGUAAUAUGACGCGCCAGAUCGAGAUCGAGCUGCCGGCUGAAAGUGAUGAGCAGCAGAUUGCCAACAUCGGGAAGCUCGUCGAAGAUAUGGAGCUCAAGAUGCGGAAUCUGCUGCAGGAGGUCUACUUCGGCAAGGCGAAGGAUGUGGUUGGCGACCUGAGGAGCGUGGGAAGCUUGAGCGAGGGCGCGAAGGAGAAGGAAGCACAUAAGGAACUCAUCGGAAGCAUGACGCGAUGAUAGGUGACAUCGACCCAUUGAGACGACCUUAUGAGAAUGUGAUGAGCCGGGGAAGGUUUGCCGUUCAACCGUGGCAUAUCCCAUGGGAGCAUCAGGGGACGAGGAGUAUCACGGUGAAUGACGGAAAGUUGCACAGCAGGUAGCGACAGAUCGGAAUGAUGGCGAGUCGCAGAGUCUCGGGAAAUAUGUCUGAGACCUUGCAGCUUUUCGUGUACGGUCCAGGGGACAUGGAGAAAAAAGAGAAGAGAGAAAAUCUUAGAUUAGACGCGAGACUUUUUUUUUCGGUCUGGGCAUACACAAUUUUCUACCUCAAACAGUAAACUGUGUUCUCGACGCAAGCAAUCAAGCAAGCAAGAUCCGAAGGCCCCGCGCGCGAGAUCUUAGAUCGUACGAUCGUUUUUCCCGGCUUCAGGACGGCGAUUUCAAUAAUAACUCGCUCGAUAUAGAGCUUAAUCUUUUUUUUUUCUUUCUUAUCCCGUCACUUUUCUGUCACUUUUCCCCUUUUUCUACGUAAGAUCGGAUCGAAUGGGCGGCCAUUUAUAGGGCCGCUUGUACCGUACAUGGC